AUGUACAAUCUACGUUAUUAUCAUCCCAAUUUCUUGAAGAAUCUUUCUUUGCUGCGACUGCAAGAUUGUUACUUUCGCGAUCCAAUGGGACUACUAGAGAAGCUUCCCAACUUAGAAAGACUAUUCUUCAGGUGCAGUUUUUAUGCAGACGGUAUUAUCUAUUGCCAGAAGACAGGAUUUCCUCGGCUCCGAUACUUUUCACUCGAGGGUGCAUUUUAUUUGAAGAAGUGGGAAAUGGAAGAAGGAGGGAUGCCUAAUCUUAACUGCCUCAAGAUUAGGAUGUGUCGGGAUCUGAAAAGGGUUCCAUUUGUUCCUUCCCUCAAAGAAGUAGUGAUUGAAGGGAUGAGUUUGGAAGUGAGGAAUUGGAUGAUUCAGAACAGAUUUCACCGUGUCGAGUCCGUUGUAGUUAAGGACUAA